AUGAUUGAGCCAUCAGCAAUCCAAGACGUUUUGCAGUACCUGCUGCCAGUUAUUCAGUCCCACAGAGCACGCUCAUCGACCCCUUUCAUUCUUGGCUUGUCGGGACUCCAAGGAAGUGGCAAGUCGACAUGGGCAGCGGCUCUUACGGAGACCCUCAACGCCAAGCACGGAAUCAACACUAGGACUCUCUCGCUGGACGACCUUUACCACGACCAUGACCAACUCGUAGCCUUGCGAGAGUCUAAUCCUGACAACGGCCUCCUUCGAACACGCGGCCAACCCGGAACUCACGAUGAAGACCUCGCGCGGCGCUUCUUCGACGACGUUUUUCAAAUUCCUGAAGACAGUUCAGAAGACAUCAGAUGGCCUGCAUUCGAUAAGAGCCUAUUCGAUGGUGAGGGUGGCCGGGUGCCUGUAUCACAGUGGGACACCGUCCCACGGAACCCACCACUCGAGGUUCUCGUCUUCGAGGGUUGGUGUCUUGGCUUCCAGCCACUGUCACCCGAGGAGGUGAAGGAGAAGUGGGAGAAAGCUAAGGCAGCCUCAAACAGCAUCUCUUCCGAUGGAUCCCCGCUAUCCACGACUACACUGGCAAAUCAUCGCUUGGAGCACCUUCUGCUCGUCAACGAGAACCUGGCAAGAUAUUGCGAGUCCUUCAUGGGCCCCUGGCGCUUCGACGCAUUUCUUCACCUCAGCACCGACCAGUUGGUGAAUGUCUACCACUGGCGCCUAGAUCAGGAAAGGGCGUUGCGGGAUAAGAAAGGUGCGGGUAUGACGGACGAGGGUGUCAUAAAUGCUGUCCUUGAUCCGGGUUUCAAGAUGGUCUCGGAGAAGAAGACGUUGGACGACCUCGAGUCCAAGCCCAACGACAACUUCGUCGAAGUUUCUGGGGAGGACGAGAAGGGAGGCGUCCUUCAACCGGGCGCCGACUACUCCGGCGCCGUCAAGAAGACCAGUGCUGAGGAAAUCGCUCUCGUGCGCAAGCUUGACUGGCGAAUCAUGCCAACAUUGUGGUGCAUGUACUUCCUCAACUACCUCGACCGGAACGCGAUCGCCCAGGCCCGUCUCGAUGGUCUAGAAGAAGACUUGAAACUGGAAGGAUCUCAGUACAAUACCUGCAUCUCAAUUCUCUUCGUCGGUUAUCUCCUGAUGCAGAUUCCCUCCAAUAUGCUCAUGUCAUCGAAAUACAUCCGACCUUCCAUCUACAUGGGAAUCUGCAUGAUGGCAUGGGCCGUCGUUUCCGCCUGCACAGCCCUCGCAAAAGACUACGUCGGUCUCGUAGUUGUCCGUUUUUUUCUCGGAAUCACUGAGGCCCCGUUCUACCCCGGGGCUAUCUACAUGCUCUCCAUAUUUUACACCCGCAAGGAAAUUGCCACGCGUCUGUCGAUCCUAUACUCCGGCAAUAUCUUCGCGACUUCCUUCUCCGGCCUCAUCGCCGCAGCCGUUUUCAACACCAUUGAUGGAAAUCACGGUCUGAAGGGCUGGCAGUGGCUCUUCAUCAUCGAGGGCUGCCUCACCUUCGGAAUCGCCCUCAUCGGCAUGUUCACUCUGGCCGACAGCCCUCUUACAACGCGCUGGCUGAAGCCUGAAGAGCGCCAGCUAGCUCAUGAUCGUAUGCUGCGGGACACCGUCGGCCUUGAGGAGAGCAAGGGCGCCAGAGCAGGUUUCAAGCAAGCCGUCCGCGACCCGCGUCUCUGGCUGCUGUGCUUCAUCCAGAACAUGCAUCUGUCCGCCUGCUCGUUCAACAACUUCUUUCCUACUGUGGUUGGGUCCUUGGGUUUCAACCCCACGAUUACCUUGGUGCUCACUUGCCCGCCAUACCUCGUCUCCGGAUUCUUCGGAUACGUCGCAGGUCUCUCCUCUGGUAAGUACAAUGAGAGGACAUGGCACAUCACUAUCUGCAUGGGUAUGGCCAUCGUGGGCUUUGUCAUCUCCUGCGCUACUCUGAACACUGCUGCGCGUUACGUCGCGUGCUUCCUUUUCGCUUCAGGCGCGUAUGCCGUCAACUCUCCGAUCUUGGGAUGGGUUUCAGCGACGCUGGGGUCCACCCAAGAGAAGAAAGCCGUCAGUCUGUCGAUCGUGAACGUGGUAGCAAACGCUUCGUAUGUGUACACGGCAUACCUCUACCCGAAGAGCGAUGGGCCCCGCUACCUGACGGCUAUGGCCAGCAACGCCGCCUUUGCCUUCGCUUGCAUUGCGGGCACCUGGGUCCUGCGGAUCUGGCUGAUUCAGACGAACAAGAAGCUGGGAUCGAGCACAACCAAAUACGCGUACUGA